CUGCUCAGGUUGCUGAUGGCGAGUCCCAAUCAAUUCUUAUGCUGGAUGAUGAUGAUCCAACAACUGAUCUCUUUAAAGUCCCUCAAUGCAAAGUUACUGAACCAGAAAUGCUUGAAACCCUAGAAUUUCCUCUGUCUCUAUCUUCUGCUCCUGCUGAUAGGUUUCCUUCUAGAGAUAGGUUUCCCUAG